AUGAAGUUAUAUACCAAUGUUCCAAUAGAUGAUUCAAAGCUUCAUGAUCAGAAGCUCCAAUCAGAAAUAACAGAUGAAGAGUUCCAAGCCUUGUUUGCUGUCCACGAACUCACACGCAACCAAAAGAUAAUUAGGUUUGUCUUUUGGUUAGUGACCCUAGGACUUAUCAGAUUUAUUUUAACAUGUCUCUUCCUUCUUGUAUUCGAUAUUAUGAUGCAAAUAGUUGUUAAAUAUAAAGAUACAUUUAAGACACCAAAAGAAUUUAAGAAAUGGGCUCAUAAUAUUUCAAAACCAGUCAUCAGAACUGUACUAUUUUUAUCAGGCAUUGUUCAUAUUAAGAAAGUUGGCGAGAUUGAUCCAGAAGCUCGCGCAAUAAUUUCAAAUCAUAUCACAAUGAUAGAUAUUGUCAACAUCUUAUACUGGGUACCAUUUACAAUUGUUGCUCAUACUGGACUUCGUGGUAACCCAUUCAUCGAACACUGCGCCGCUGUAUUUGAUACAGUAUUUGUCGAUAGAUCAAAGACACAAGGCGCUACACAACAGAUUUCGGAUUAUGCAGAAGAUCCUACAAGAUUACCCGUUGUUGUGUUCCCAGAAGGUAAGGUUACAAAUGGCGACGCUUUACUUGCUUUCAGAACAGGAAUUUUCGUUUCUGGAGUACCAAUUCAACCAAUUACUAUCAGAUAUCGUUCAUGGCUACCGUUUUUCGACGGCCAACAGACACCUUCUUGGCUUGAAGACAAUGUUUUCAUGUACUUCUACCAAUUGUACGCAAUUCCUUUCAUGACAUUCGAAAUUCACUUCCUUCCAACUAUCCAUUCAAAGAGAGAUGAAACCAAACCAGCUGAUCGCGCAAUUCAAGCACAAUUAGCUAUGGCUAACGAUCUCGGUUGCUUGGCUAUUGACCGCACAAACAAAGAGAUCUUCCAGAAACCAAAAACAGAAUAA